GUUUACAUAACUGGAGCGGGUGGGCGGAUAGAUCUGUAAUCCAAAGUGAAUGGUGCAAAUCAUGUUCUCCCAGAUUUUUACCAAGUUUCUUCUCAAACUUGGGGGAGGGGCUAGCAUCCCAUCCGACUUAAUAGAUCGAUGCUGCAAAAAGAAGCGGUCGCAUUCGUUGCAUCCUCUAGACUUGUGAUGUACGCACAGCGUAUGUGAUACCAAGCCAGCGUGCGUCAGAACGGGCCACACAAGGUCAGCGACGGCUGAGCGGCCAGUCCGAUGGCGGUGCUCGUGACCGGAAUCUGCGCCGCGCGCCGGCCGGGCGUGGCCGCGCUCCUCUUCGGCUGGGGCGGCCGGCUGGCGGCGCCUUGUCACAUCGCGCCGUCGGCGGCCAUGCCAGCCCCGCUCCGCCUGUCGGUCGCCCGCACGCUCCACAUGCGCCGUCUGGGUAACCCGCGCAGCGAGGAGCGUUGGCGGCAGCGCGACGGCAUGCCGGCCGGCUUUCGGCUGGUGUACCUGGCGCCCAUGGAGUGGUACGUGCGCGCGGCGGCGGCGGCCGGCGCCGGCUCGCUGCUCCUGGCUGCCGUCGGCGUGCUGGCCAAGCCGGCCGCCGCCGCCGCCCUGCUGGCGGCCAACGCGCCGCUGCUGCUGGUGGUCGGCAUGUACGCGCUGAUUUCGCCGAGCCUGCUGGUGCUGGCGUGGCGCUACCCGUUCCGGAUGUACCACAGCGCGGCGCGGCGGGAGUUCCGCGCCGUGCUCACAGGGCCGCUGGUGGUGACGCUGCGUCACGUGACGCUGGCAGACGGCGCCGUCAGCCGCGUGGAGAACGCGUCGAAUAUUCUGCCGUGGAAAAAGGUGCUGUACCGGUCAGACCAGGGCAAGCUGAUACUAAUCGACUCGGCCUUCCAGUCGGCCGAGGUGUACAACAGGCUGCUGGGCUACCCCCAGCCCGAAGACGACGACGAGGAAUGUGGGGAUUCUUGACAAUCGCUGCUGCUUUAUACACGCACCAGGUGACGCCUAAUUUGUUUGUUUUGUAUAGAAAUUCGAACGUGUGAUUGGGACAAAUGCUGUGUUUUUGAAGCUUGAUCUGCAUUGCGUGCAUGGUUGGUACCGCAUCGAGUCGAUGAAAUACAGUGCAUAUAUUCUUCA